AUGGCGUCCGCACUCCUCCGCAGCUUCUUCUUCUCCCCCGCCCGCCAAUCCCUCACAUCAACAUCAACACUCCCCUCCGCAUCAACAUCCUCCCGAUUCCAAGCCUCUCCCUCGCCGCUCCUCUCCCUCGCCCGCCGCGCAUUCUCAACAACCCCCGCCCCGCAAGCCACGCUGAACCAGGUCCUGCGCGGCAUCCGCAAGGGCAAGCGAGCUCGCCACGCCGUCUCGCCCGCGCUGUCCAACACGCACUGCCCCUCGCUCAAGGGCGUGUGCCUGCGUGUCGGCGUCGUGCGGCCCAAGAAGCCCAAUUCCGGCGAGCGCAAGACGGCGCGUGUCAAGCUGUCCUCGGGGGCCGUCGUGACGGCGUACAUCCCCGGCGAGGGACACAACAUCCAGCAGCACAGCGUCGUGCUUGUGAGGGGAGGCAGGGCGCAGGAUUGUCCUGGUGUGCGGUACCAUUUGGUGCGAGGAGCGUUGGACCUGGGUGGUGUUGCGAGCAGAACGACGAGCAGGAGUAAAUAUGGCACCAAGAAGCCCAAGAAGGCUACCGUUGGUUGA